CACUGCUUUCCUCCAAUCAGAAGCCUCGAAGCUGGCGCCACGCCUGCGACCUGAUCCAAUCUCGUAACCGGAGGGCGGGAACCCGACGUGCCCACCUGCACCUGUAGCAGAGGGUGGCCACCUACGGGGUCACCUCCCCCUCCACACACACAUCACACGCACCCCUCCGCGGCGAGGUUCUGGUUGCUCCAAUCGCUUGGCGCUGGGCCAGCAGGUGGGCAGAUGUCUUCGCUCGCUCCUACCGACGCGUAGGAAGGUUCAGUGCGUCCCAGCGAGUAGCCAUGGUCCCACCUCUCCGCAGCUCCCGAGAGGUGCUGGCACGGCAGAGGGACGCUCUCGAGAAUGUAAGGCUGCUAACCUGGAAAGGCAGCCUGGGCUUUCUGCGGGGACAACGAAUCUGACAGUCCCUCGGACGAGCCCCCCGCGCGGCGGGCCCCGGGCUGUCUCCUUAGCUCGAAGAAGUUGGAGGUGCCACGGGAGAGUAGCACUCGCUGGAGCUGCACUGCGGACAUUCCGACUGGUACACUUUCCAGCAGCCUGACCUCUUCAAGACCGCGCUGAGGGACAGCACCCCGGUUUCAGGUGCCCAGAGCGCAGCCCCCGUGGUUCUCUGGGCCGCAAGUAUAGUGCGGGGGCCUCAGCGUCCCGGGAAGCCCAAGCAGUACGAGGAGCCGCCUCGGCUCACACCCCGCACCCCUCUUGGGAGAAGCUCCGGAAGGCCACGGAAAAAAGAGCUCGGCAAGGUCCAUACUCACGCCGGCCGCCCGGGCCCACCCCUGGCCAUGGCCGAUAGCGGUGGCAUUGGCAACUCGGGCUCCUGGUGGAAAUCGCUAACUAACAGCAAAAAGAAAAGCAAGGACGCCCCGGUAGGACCUCAGCUUCCGGUCCAGCCGGUCUCCGGGGAGCCCGCGCCUCCUAGCGCAGACUGGACCAGCAGCUCCCAAGAGAACCAGCUUCCCAAAGUCCUCGGGGAUGCCAGCGGGUCUCCCAAAUCAGACAAGGGCGGAGAGAAAGGAGGCAACAGCCGCCGCAAUCUGAAGAUCUCGCGUUCUGGCCGCUUUAAGGAGAAGAGGAAAGUGCGCGCCACGCUGCUGCCGGAGGGAGACAGGUCCCAGGAGGAGGCGAAUUUCCCUGGUGGCUCCUAUGAGGAUAAGUAGUAGCCUCCAGGACUCCUCUCCCACCACUUACCCUGACCCCCACUUCCAUGCGGAGAACUCUGACCUACCCCAGUACUUGGUGUCUCACUCCAACAACAUUCACAUAAAGCCAAUAUUUUAUUUUUUCUUGAGAGUGAAGUAUCAAUUGAAUUUCACGACUCAAAGAUAACAUUUAAAAAUUUUGUUUUGAACCAGAGAUCGAACUCAUGACCUCGCACUUGCCAGGCAGGCGCUUAGAGUGCUGAGCCAAGUCCCCGGCCCUAAAUAUUUAUUUGUGAUAAGAGUGGAUGGAUACCUACUGCGGAGGAACUUGGCUAGAUUUUCUUUUUCAGCAAACUAUUCUGGGGUGUCCCCCUUGUUCAUGUCCCUUGGGGGGUGUGACAUCAGUGGACAAGUCUUUCUCUAAGUUAGUAGCUUAACUUGAAUUGUGCAGCCCCUCAAAGGAGGAAAGUACUCUUUUCUAGGAUUCAGAAGGGCAAAUCAAGUACUGUUUUUAAUGCCUCGGCAAUGCACUUUAGGGGUACUUCCAUAGACUUCAAAGGGAUGGAGGGAAAAACAUUCUUGAGUAGAAGGGUUUGAAAUAAGGCAGGAUUGCUUCCAAUUUGAAACUACAAACCUGUAUCAUACAUUUUAACGUGGACUUAUUAAAAUUGUUGCACUAUAA